ACGUCGAAGCCUCCGUCGCGCAGUCGUCCCGCCGGCGCCAGCUCUAUUCCACCUUCAGCCUUCGAUCGUGCUCCACUGCUCCCUGUCCCCCUCUUGCGCCAGCUCUGCCCUGUUCUGCGCUCCCUCAGUCCCUGAUGACAUCGUUCAGCACUACCAUGAGUCACUGUCCUCAGCCACCUCCAACUCCUUCCUCAGCCUCUAACCAUCUCCCCGCCACCUUCACAUCCCUCAACAGCCUCCUCUCCCUCUCCAACACUGCUCUCCAAGUUACUCCUCCCCCUCCCAACCUAACAACCAACCUCAUCCCAUGCCCCUUUAACCCCAACCACCUCCUGCCCCCUGACUCCCUCUUCCACCACCACCUACGCUGCCCCUCCUCUCCUUGCCCCAUCCCCCUCCCUUUCCAGUCCCUUGCUUACCCUAACACACUCCACUCCCCUCCCAACCGCACCCUCUCACUCCAACCGUUCUUACACUUCACCUCCAACUUCUUUUACCGCCAUUGCCCCGGUGUUGUUUCCUUCUCCAACGCCAAUUCCCUCACCACAGAAACCCUCACCCUUCCAUCCCCUCUAUCUCUCGAUUGCACCGAUUCGAUAAACAACAGUUUCGAUUACCGGAGUUUGCGUUUUCGCCUCCUUCCUUCUGAAUACUGCGCAAUUAUGCGCGAACUAGAAUCGUGGAACGAUUUUCCCCCUAAGCACUCAGACUCUAUUCUUCGCGCCAUUUUAGGUUUAGGGUUUGCGAAGGAGCGUGACCUGGCGCCGUGGAUAAUAGCGAACUCACCUCGAUACGGCGUCGUAAUAGACUCGCCUAUGCAGAAACACAUAUUCUUGCUGUGUUGUCUGUGCCUCAAAGCGAUUCUGAGAGAAGCUCUUGCUUCUUACAUGGAGAAGCGAAACUCUGAGUGCUCCAUUUUAAACGAGGCACUGACGUGGCUGCAAUCUCAAGUUUCGAUCUUGUACGGUGCGAUUAAUGGAAAGUACUUCAUUCUUAAUUUCCUGAAGCAUUGUGUUUUAGUUGGCGCUUCCGUGCAUUUGCUGUUUCCUUUAGGGGAAGUGGUUUCCGCGGAGAUGAUUCGAAAUCUGAUAAUAGAAACGAGGAAGAGAUCAAUUGUGUAGUCAAAACAAAGAUUUUCGAGUCUCAGGUUUCGGCAGCUGUUGCAGCAUUGCAUGAGCGGUCUUUGCUUGAAGGCGAAAUUAGGAGAAUAUGGUUCUCUCAUCAGCCAAGUAAACAGCAGCUGUUUGCUGAGCACUGUUAUCUGUCUGAGAGAGCAAGUGAGGAGCGGGGAAAGCGUGUUGAUUAUAGGCCUGUAAUUGAUCAUGAUGUUCUUCAUCGGCAGAAGUUGGCAAAACAGGAUUCAUCUAGACAAAAGACAAGAGAGGAAUUGCUAGCUGAAGAAAGGGAUUACAAACGUCGGAGAAUGUCUUACCGUGGGAAGAAGAUACAGUCAUCAGCUAUACAGGUGGCAAGGGACUUGAUAGAGGAAUACAUGGAGGAAAUCAAGCAGGUUGGAGGGGUUGAGAAUCCUGUGAAAGUUUCUGAAGAAAAUGGGAUGUUUCAAUCUAAACCUCCCUCUGGUGAUGUCAUUCCUGUGGAAGUUAAUAAUUCCCGGAAAACUGCUUAUGACUCACAUGCAGUGAUAAUCACUAACUCAAGUUACAUUGAGCAAAGAUCAUACACUAAGUGCUCUGAAAAAACAAAACCUGAGGAGGAUAUGCCUUCUAGACAUAAUGAGCAACAUAGAAGACAACAUUACAUGAGCCAUGAUUAUGUAGGAGAGAAACAGAAUGCUGGUAAAGUGAAAUAUGAUAAAGAUAAUGAUUCUGCAAAACCUGAUAGACACAGAAGUCAUAGCCAAUCAUAUGAGCAUAGCCAUCAUCAUCAGAAGCAAGAUUACUCAAAAAGAAAGAAGUAUGAUUACUCAUCAAGAGCUAGGGAUAGGUGGCAAAAGGACUCAGACAGGAAUAACGUUUCAGACUCUUCCAUGAAGGAUGCAUUUUCAGAUCGAUACAUGCCUUCAGAAUCUCUUGAUAUUUGUGAGGAUGACAUCUCCUCUGUUGCCAAAUAUACCAAGCCUGAAAGAUUGUCAUAAGGAACUUUGUUCAGAAUGUCUUGGCUAGCUAGAAUUGUUAAGUUUUUUCUCCCAUUGGUAAGUUAUGCUAGUUAUGUUUCUGAUUUAAAUGUUGAAUUUAAAGUUUGGAUGUUUACUCUUACUUUUAACGUGGUUUAUUUGCAUAA